AGAGGGACAGGCUUGUUUGGAGUAUAAAAGAGCCCUUAGGCUUGUCCUGCUGUGUGGGAAUGUAUUAGUAUAUGUCGAAGCUGGAAAUUUGGUGGAUUCUGACGCGACUGUUGAUAAGCAGCUCACACGAUGCAGCUGGCUCCCCUUUGUUUCCUCUUACUGCUCCCCCUGAUUGUUGCUAACCUGACAGUCGAGAAUGAUAAAAGAAUUAUUGGGGGAACAGUGGUGGAGCCUUACUCUAUCAAAUACCAAGCCUCUCUCCUGUACAGAGGCUCCCACUUCUGUGGAGGCACCCUGGUUCAUCCGCAGUGGGUAGUGUCUGCUGCCCACUGCUGGAGGCCGAAUCAGUUGAUGCAAGUGGUCCUGGGAGAGCACAACAUCAAAGAGAAGGAGGGAUUUGAGCAAAUAUUUGACAUCUUGUUAAUCAUCAAACAUUACCAGUUCAACUACUGGAACCUUGACAACGACAUCAUGCUGCUUAAGCUGGACCGCCCCGCCAUCAUCAACGAUGUGGUGAGUCCAGUUAUUCUGCCCCGCACUGGCACUUUGCAAAGCUUUGCUCGGUGCACAGUCAGCGGCUGGGGGGUCACCUGGGUCUACGGCCAAAGCCUGUCCGAUCAACUGAUGUCUGUAGACGUGGAUUACUUCGCAGACUGUUGGUACUACUACUACUUCAGGAUCACAAACAACAUGAUCUGUGCUGGGUCCACUGCAGGAGGGAGAGACUCCUGUCAGGGAGAUUCAGGAGGGCCGUUGAUCUGCAACGGUGUCCUGGAAGGCAUUGUGUCGUGGGGCAUCGGCUGUGCCUACUCCUUUUACCCCGGCGUCUACAGUAAAGUGAGAAACUACGUCUCAUGGAUCGACUGGGCCAUACAGAACAGCUAACCAUCCGUCAGGCCGAAGAGGAGACUCCUGGGAUGAAGCUUUGAAUGGAUGCUGAAAAUCAAGUUUUUUUCUGUGUCCUUUUUCAUAGUUUGCCAUAAUAAACAUGUAUACAUGAAUCCAACUUGGAUUACUCAUAUUAUUAUAACAGAUAAACCAAGAGAAGCACAACUUUUUGAAUGAAUGCACUUUCUGUGUGUGUGUGUGUGUGUGUUUUUUUAGACAAUAUUUCAAAUUGUGUCACAGAUUAUUUGUCUGGGACCCCACCUCAAAAAAAUUCUUCCAUUAGUAUAAAAAAAAAAAGAAGUAAAUAAAGAUGCA